GUCGUGUGGUUGCCGUGUCGCUGCCGGCUCUGAGCGCUCAGUCACGUUGCCGGUUCACGUUGCCGUCAUGUUGCUCUAAUUUCGGUAUACGGUUUACCGAAAAUUCGAACCUAUGACGAUGGACUUUCAGAGUGCUAUGGAGACUUUCGCUGAAGCCUGGGUCGCCGCCAACACCAAGGGUGCUCCGCUCUCAGACGUUGCCACUCAGAGCCAGGCGUUAGCGUUGACGAGGACAUGCAAAACACCAUCUCCUCCGACCACGACGCCGGCCGCCACCGGCCGUUCGAGUCGAGAGUCGGCCGAACGCGCUGCUACUCCCCCGCCGCCGCGGACACCCCCGUUGGAGAGCACCGUGUCUCCUCCGUCCGUGAAAGAGGAGUUCGACGCGGCGAAAACCUCCACAGCCAAGUCUCUUCCCGUUCAUUGCAUCGUGGAGGCGAUUUGCACCUUGGACGAGAAUCGUGCACUACAACACGGGACUUGGAGACGAAGACCUAUGGUUGAGACCGAUAGCUACGUCAUAAUUCCAGUUGGAACCCCGUUUCAUAGUCUUGUACAAGCAGCCCUUCUUCGAUUAGGGUAUUCUGCUGACAGUGCAGCCGCCGCUAAAGGUUCCGUGGUUAUCAAAAAUUGGAAAGCACUUAAUUUUGAGCAAAUAUCCGAUGAUCCUCUCGUAACUGUUGGUGACAUAUUAGGAGAAUUAACAACGAUAGCCACGCUAAGAAUUCAAGUGUUUAGAGGAAGACCGGGAGCGUUCACCGAUAUUAAGGAUAAACUUUUGCGUUUCCUGUUACUACAAUCACAUGGUUUGCUAAUAUCAUCAGGAUGUCCACUCGACGAGAUAAUACUUUCGCAAAUUUGUCGCACGUCACCAAAUUGUGCACCGAUACCGGAAAUAUCGGAAGAAAUACGACGAAAAUUCGAUCAGUGGUGGUCAACACAGUUCAGUCCCCAAUCACCAGCAAGCCGAAGUCAAUUCGGUGGUACUUUCUCAAAUCAAUAUUCAGUACCUCCUCAAACAUCUAAAUCCACCGAACGCUCAUUAUCCGAAUCUGGACAUCCCGCAAUGCAAACAGUUCACAAUCAAUUCCCUACUCAAAAAACUCGAAUGCGUACUAGUUUCGACCCAGAAUUAGAACUCCCCAAAUUGCAGCGUUGGUUCACCGAAAAUCAACACCCAAGUCGGCAACAAAUCCAACAGUACGUAAAAGAACUCAACAGUCUUGAGUCGAGAAGAGGACGGAAACCUCUAGACGUUAAUAAUGUCGUCUACUGGUUUAAAAARGCAAGAGCUGCUCAAAAACGCGCUGAAAUCAGAAAUGUCACUCCUGGUUUYCCGUGUCAUCUUGCGGUAAACGGCUAUAGCAACCAUAGCCCAACAAAUGGUACCGGAUUUCUCAUUUCUGAUGGUUAUUUAAACUCAGAACGAUUAGCAGAUCACAGAUUGAAAAAUAGUUUGUCGUCGCGACGCGGACCACAAGCUUCGCACACUUCUGAUGAAUUUUCAAACGCAGGAUCUGAUUUAGAAGAUGAAGAUAUGAACGAAGUUCAACCUUCUAGUCCUACAGGGCCGUUGUCGCUCACAACAACUCGGAAACACGAUUCGAGAGAGAAUAGUCCCCGCCCGUCGACACCUCCUCCUCCCCCAAACUUACAAGGAGAGUUGUGUAAAGUAGAACCGAAAGAAGAGCCGAUUAACUACCACUCGCCCGGCGACCACAUAAACAACAAUAAAAUCAAUCUUUCCGAUAUGGAYGAGGACGAURUAGAAACCGAAAAUGACAAUAAAAGUCAUUUCGAAGGGAGCAAUAUGAACUCACCGGCAAGUAGACAGAUAACUCAGCGUUAUUGCAACUCUCCAGAUGUUGAUACUCCCUUAUUGUCGCGUACUCCCAGUGACGGUAUUGAAAGAUUAGCUGCAGGUUUUCCUCUUGUGCCAAACUCGAUGUUCAGCCAUAGCAUAAUGUACAUGAGUCAUUAUAUACCGGGGUUAUCUCAUACCGCGACCUCACCACCGGGUUCCAGUACGUUAGGAAUGUCGGGUUUGACCGCCGAUGAGCGGCGAAAACGCAAUCGUACAUUUAUAGACCCCGUUACAGAAGUACCAAGAUUAGAACAAUGGUUUUCACUCAACACUCAUCCUUCCCAUAAUCUGAUAUUAAAGUAUACCGAAGAGUUGAACUGUAUGCCUUAUCGUCAAAAAUUUCCCCGAUUAGAGCCAAAGAACGUUCAGUUUUGGUUCAAAAAUCGAAGGGCCAAGUGCAAGAGAUUAAAAAUGUCACUUUUUGAUAAUCAACCCACGGGACAAUAUCAUCAUAACGAGCGUGAUUAAAACUUUGUUUUUCAAAUUGAUAUUCUGGUGUGAUUUUUUGACCUGUACUUAGACUGGUAUCCUUCAUUUUGUUAUAUAGGUAGGUGAUCUAUAAAAUUUUUAACAGGGGUUAUGACGAAUUGGCAUAGACAAUAAAUAUGCUCUCCUUGAGGGUAUAAAAUAAAAAAAAAUAUUCGUACCUAAUARUCGUUGGUUUCCACUUUUGUUUUUAUACAACCAGUAUUACGUUGUUAGGAUGCAUGUGACUAUACUAGACCUCAGCGCGAGGUAAAUUCCCUUUUAAAAAUUUUAUUAUAUAUAUAUAUGUUGAAUUUGUAAUAAUAAUUGUACCAAAGAUUGUUAAUUACAUUUGUAUUGUAAGAAAAAUGUUUCGUUUUGUUGAUAAAUAAAGACAUGUACAACAUGCCAUGUUAUAAUCAUUCUGUAUCUUAAUAAUUGUCGUGUUGUAGCCAGUGGCCAUGUCUAUGUGAACGCAGUGUAUUAAAAUAAAUACUCCGUAAUGUUUCUUUAUGCAGUUUAUGUUUUUUUUUAUUAUAAAUAUGUAUGUAAAUAAAAAAUACAAUAAAUU